AUGUCUCACUCUUCUCAAACUCCGAGAUGCCUGCGUCUAGGAGGUCGUCUCAUGAUGCUCCCCAGGGAAGAAGAGAUUGAGGAGAGUAUUCCAGCAAUGCAAGCAAUCGAACCAGGCAUAUUCAACCAUCCCGUCGUCGUGCUUUCGCGGCAAGUUCACCAAGGAAACGUGGCAGUUCUUCUUGUCAGCUCCCCGCUCCAGCUCCCUAGAUCCUGUACCCUCGCUAUCGCGCACGGAAAGACUAUGAAGAAGCAGUCCUACGUUAACAUCCAAAACAUUCACGAAGUCCCGUUCGACAUUCUCCGCGAAUGCUGGCAUGACGACGAUUUCUAUCUAGAGAGCAAGUCCUACGGGACACUCAUCAAAGUAUUGUGGAAACAAAACGUCGCCGAACUUGACGUUCGACUGAGGGGCCAUGGCAUAUUCGAGCGGAUGCACCAGUCGACUCGCGUCGAAACACCUCGCUCUACUCUUAAUCUGAGCGCCGAAGAGCGUCGCCUGAUUCGCCUCCGGUCGACUCACGUCGAAGCACCUCGAUCUACCCCUAGUCUCAGCGCCGAAGAGCCCCGUCGGAGGGCAUAUAGGAACGUUUAG